GCCAGCGCCGAGCGGAACGACGGGAAUACAAGUUUCUACACUUGGCCCGUCCUUUUUUUUUUUACGAGAAAAAGCUUUUUAUCUUCCUUUACCUCAUCCCCCCCGUUUCCACUACCGGAGGGGGGGGCACUCACUUUGUGUUUUUUUUCCUCCUCAUUUCAACUCGAUCUUCGACACUGAAACCUCGUUUGUUUUGGAUUAGCUUAGCACAGGCUAGCUGCCCCCCCCCCCCACCACCACCAGCACCACCAGCUAGCGUUCCUGUGAGAAGAAGAAGGAGAAGAAGAAGAAUCGGGCGGCGUGGCGGAGACUUCCCUCACUUCACGGCGGCGUGCGGGUCCCACGGAGCCGCCAUGCUCCUCGUCCCUUCCGCCCGCGGACAACCGAGACAAGAGUGACGACUAUUCAAGUUUUUUGUCCGGGUGGUUUUCCGGGGAGUCUGUCCCUUCGUCCGCGGCGUGGUGGUCAGCGGGGGUGACGGGGUUCAGAGGAGGGUCGUAGCCGGGGAACCGCGGAGAGACCUCGCUGCUCGCAGGAGUUUCCCCGGGGAUGAGCUUCCAUCUGUCCGCAGAAAAGAACCAGCGUCUCCCGAGAGGAUCCGAGUGAUCUACAGAACCUGUGGGCUCCGAUCCCCGGCGACUCCCCUCCGACCCGCAACUUUCUGCCGGAGGAAGGAGCCUGGUCGAGGGAUAGAAAACCCACCGAUCGCAGCCUGGUGGGUGACCGGGGGAUCUUCCAUCAGUGGAGCGGUGCAUCGCGGAGGAAUGAGCCCGGGGCCGGCGGAGCUCCUGCGGGGAUCUCCACACUAGCCCCCCGCGUGUGGGGUCUUAAUAAUAGCAGCAGCAUUCUUCUUCUUCUCUGGAUGUGCUGCAGCCCCCGGAGCCCCCCGAUGAACGUGGACUGGCGCCUUCAGGUGUGGAAAAUGAAGAUUUUCACUCUCACAUGUGUGACCAGGAGCCAGGAUCACGUUAUUUAAUGGUCUGCGUUGUGUUCCAGGGCUCGCACACACACCACGGACUCUGCUGGGGGGAUACUCAUCCAUUUAUUACUACCACGACCCCCCCACCCCCGGGCUUACGACUGGGGGGCAACCUUCAAUCACUUGUCCUCAUUGGACCUCCACUUUUUAUGAAUUGUUUUUUGAACUUUUGAUUUUUUUUAAAUUAAACAUUCAACCCCUCGAGAUUGGAGGUGUUUUUUUGUGUUGUUGUUGUCGGAAACACAACUUCUCCUCAAGUCAAGAUGCGGCGGUGGACGCUGAAGCUGAGAGCACAGAUCGUGUUUUUUAUCAUCUGCACCUGCAUCAUAUGCCAGUGUGGACUAACUAACGGAGAAAUAUGCCCGAGCAAGGACAUCCGGAACAAUGUGACCACCCUCCAGUCGUUGGAGAACUGCACCAUCAUCGAGGGACACCUGAAGAUUCUGCUCAUGUUCAAGACCAAGGCCGAGGACUUUCGUGGCCUCAGCUACCCGAAGCUACGAGUUGUGACCGACUUUGUGCUUCUCUUUAGGGUCUACGGCCUUGAGAAGCUCAGCGAUCUCUUCCCCAACCUGACAGUGAUCCGUGGCAACAACCUCUUCUUCAACUACGCUCUUGUGCUUUAUGAGAUGCUGCAGCUGAAAGAGGUGGGCUUUUACAGUCUCAUGAAUAUCACCCGGGGCGCCGUGAGGAUUGAGAAGAACCCAGACCUGUGCUACCUGGCCACCCUGGACUGGUCCAAGAUCCUAGACUCGGUGGAGGACAACUUCAUCGUGGCCAAUAAGAACGAGAGGGAGUGUGGCGACGUGUGUCCUGGCACGGCCCAAGGUCAGAACAUCUGCCAGCAGAACACCAUCAACGGACACUUCAGGUCACGAUGCUGGUCGCAGAACCACUGUCAGACAAUGUGCUUGGAAAACUGUAAACAUGGUGGGUGUAACCUCCAGGGCCAGUGCUGCGACCACCAGUGCCUGGGCGGCUGUACUGAGGCAGGUAAUGCAAGUAGCUGUGUGGCCUGCAGGAACCUCCAGCAUGGGAACACCUGUGUGGAGAAAUGUCCUGCUGGAUAUUAUGUCUUCAGGGGCUGGCGCUGCGUCAGCUUCUCCUUCUGCCAGGACCUUCACAACCAGUGUAAGCAGACUAAGAAGUUGAACCAGGAUCGAGAGUUGGGCUGCAACGAAUACGUCAUCCAUAAUGGGGCCUGUAUUCCAGAGUGUCCUUCUGGAUACACCACUAUAAACUCCACUACGUUGACCUGUUCACCUUGUGCAGGCCUGUGUCCUAAACUGUGUGUGGGAAAUAAGACGAUUGAUUCGGUAAACUCGGCCCAGGCUUUGCGAGGCUGCACGGUUCUCCACGGCAACAUGAUCAUCAAGAUUCGAGGAGGGAAUAACAUAGCUGCUGAGUUGGAGGCCAGUCUGGGCCAGCUUGAGGAGAUCACAGGCUACCUGACUGUUCGCCGAGCGUACGCACUGGUCUCCCUCUCCUUUCUACGCAAACUACGCAUCAUCAGGGGGGAGCAUCUCGAGGCAGAUAUUUACGCCUUCUAUGCGCUGGACAACCAGAACCUGCGAGAAUUGUGGGAUUGGUCCAAGCACAACCUGACCAUCCCGCGUGGUCGUAUGUUCUUCCACUACAACUCCAAACUCUGCAUGACUGAAAUCAGAAAAAUGGAGGAGAUAACGGGAACCAAGGAUCGCAACCAAAAGAACGACAUCGCUGUACGCAACAACGGGGACCAAGCCUCCUGUGAGACUAAGCUGCUGAAAUUCACUGUGAUCAAGACUACAUCAAAUAUCAUUAUGCUGAAGUGGGAGCCCUUUUGGCCGUUAGAUUUCAGAGACCUGCUGGGAUUCAUGGUUCUCUACAAAGAGGCGCCUUAUAGGAAUGUGACAGAGUUUGAUGGCCAGGACGCGUGUGGCUCUAACAGCUGGGCAAUUGCCGAUGUUGAAGCUCCAUCCCGUUCCACUGAGGGCAAGAGGGGGGAGGAUCCGGGGCACCUAAUCCGACCACUGAAGCCCUGGACCCAGUAUGCCAUAAUGGUUAAAACUCAACUGUCUUCAUCUGAUGAGCAUCAAGUUCGUGGAGCCAAGAGCGAGAUCAUUUACGUCCGGACCAAUGCCACCAAGCCCUCAGUGCCUCUCGACCCCAUCUCCUCCUCCAACUCCUCCUCUCAGAUCAUCCUGAAGUGGAAGCCGCCAAAAAGUCCCAACGGCAACAUCACCCACUACCGCAUCAUCUGUCGCAAGCAGCCCGAGGACAGUGACCUCUACAAGUUCGACUACUGCCUCCAAGGGAUGAAGCUUCCGUCUCGCACCCCGACCCACCUGGAUAGUGAGGAUGAGCAGAAGUGGAACCACACAGAUGAACCCACCUCAGGGGGAAGGUGCUGCGCCUGCCCCAAGACGGACACCCAGCUAAAGAAGGAGCAGGAGGAGAUCCUGUACCGCAAGACUUUCGAGAAUUACCUGCACAACGAAGUCUUCGAGAUCAGACCGUCUCGCCGCCGACGCUCAGUGGGAGUUGCAAACGCCACCCUCCUUCCUAACUUCCUUACCACAGCGCCCAGUUUUCCAUUUGGCUCCACAACAGCCAGACCUGAUGACGAUGAGGGAUCCAAGGUGGAGCUGAAGGUGAUGUUGAAGGAGUCAUCAGUCAUUUCCAACCUGCACCACUUCACCAGUUACAAGAUAGAGAUCAUGGCCUGUAACCACGCGACGGACAUCAAACGCUGCAGCAUGGCUACUUAUGUCAGUGCCCGAACAAUGCCUGAGGAGAAAGCGGAUGACAUCCCCGGCCCCGUCACCCAUGAGAUAGUGACGGCUGAGCCUCCCUAUGUUUUGAUCAAAUGGAACAAACCCCCAUCCCCCAACGGCCUCAUCAUCCUGUAUGAGGUGUUCUACAAGAAAGUUGGAGACUCAGAGGUUCACACAGCUUGUGUGUCUCGGCCGUCCUACAUCAAGUCAGGUGGCACGAAGCUCUCGCUUGUGCAGCCUGGAAACUACAGCGUGAGGGUCCGCGCCACCUCCCUGGCAGGAAAUGGUUCUUUUACAGGAACCACUUACUUCUUCAUGCCCAAUCCGGAUCAAGGUUUAGUUUGGAUUGUGAUCGGUCCAGUCAUCUGCUUUAUCCUGCUGCUAUUUGUGGGUGCUGUAGCCCUCUGGAUAAUCAAGAAGAGACAAACAGAAGGGCCGACAGGACCUCUUAUCGCCUCCUCAAACCCUGAGUACAUCAGCGCUAAUGAUGUGUAUGUUCCUGAUGAGUGGGAGGUGCUCCGCGAGAAGAUCACGGUGCUCAGAGAGCUCGGGCAAGGCUCCUUCGGCAUGGUGUACGAGGGGAUCGCCAAGGAUAUCAUUAAAGGAGACCCGGACACACGCGUGGCCGUCAAGACGGUCAACGAAUCAGCCAGCCUGCGGGAGAGGAUCGAGUUCCUCAACGAAGCCUCCGUCAUGAAGGCCUUCAGUUGUCACCAUGUGGUGCGUCUGUUAGGUGUGGUGUCCAAAGCUCAGCCCACCCUGGUCGUGAUGGAGCUGAUGACCCACGGGGACCUGAAGAGCUACCUGCGUUGUCUCAGGCCCGACUCAGAGCACAAUCCUACGGGCCGCUCACCUCCCACGCUGAAGGAGAUGAUCCAGAUGGCUGCAGAGAUUGCAGAUGGCAUGGCCUACCUCAACGCCAAGAAGUACGUCCACAGAGACCUGGCAGCCAGGAACUGCAUGGUAGCAGAGGACUUCACUGUCAAGAUCGGAGACUUUGGAAUGACGCGAGACAUCUACGAGACUGACUACUACCGUAAAGGAGGGAAGGGUCUACUUCCUGUCAGGUGGAUGGCUCCUGAAUCGCUGAAGGACGGAGUCUUCACUGCCCACUCUGACUGCUGGUCAUUUGGCGUCGUGCUGUGGGAGAUCACCACGUUAGCAGAGCAGCCUUACCAGGGUUUGUCCAACGAACAGGUUCUAAAGUUCGUCAUGGACGGAGGAUACUUAGACAGGCCGGAGAACUGCCCUGAGAGAAUGCACAGCCUCAUGCAGAUGAGCUGGCAGUACAACCCCAAAAUGCGGCCGAUGUUCCACGAGAUCAUCGAGAUGCUGCGGGAGGACCUGCAUCCCUCUUUCCACGAGCUCUCCUUCUUCUACAGCGAGGAGAACAAAGUCCCCGAGACAGAGGAUUUUGAUCUGGACCUGGACAACAUGGAGAGCAUCCCCCUGGACCCAUCGUCGUACUCUCAUAGAGAAGAGAGCUUAGGCAGGGACAGCGGGCCCUCGGUGGCCCUUAGGGGGAACUAUGAGGAGCAUGUCCCCUACACACACAUGAACGGUGGCAAGAAAAACGGACGAAUCUUAUCGUUGCCCAGAUCCAGCCCUUCCUAACAUUUCCUGUCCCCUAAACAAACUUGUUGAAUCUUCCCUGCUCCUUUCCUUCUUUCUGUUCCAGUCCAUUUUUUUUCCUGUAUUCUUCACUUCUCAUCAUUUUCUAAUGCUUCUUAUUCUUGGAGAAGCCCUUCAAAAAACAACACAGAUCUCAGGACUUUUUAUUUCCUUCCUCAUGGCUGCCAAACACAGGCAAGCAAGGGAUGCAAACAGAGUGCAACACUUCCUCCACAACACAUCGGGCUGUCGAUUUACCAGAUUACUUAUCUAUUGUUUUUCACUAUUGCCACGUUUCCAGGACUCAUCGUGAUGGAAACAUAUUGAGAAAAAACUGUGAACUCUACAAACCUUAGACAACCAAGAUGGCUGCUUACGCUCAACCUCCUCAAGACUUGUCCCUACUUUACCCUCUUCCACCAAAUCUGCAUUUCCACUUUUCUGUGCUUUGUCAUUUUUCUCUCAUUGAAACCUUUUUACUCAGAUAGUGGCCUUUUUAUAUGUGGCCUAUAAACAAAGAGAAGUGUCUAUCAGCGCUUACACUAAUUUUCCUUUUGAAGAAUGAAUCCGUUUGGAACAGUGGGAUGACUUGCAAAGACUUGAUCCUAGAACAAAACAUCGAUUCCUAGAAUGUUUUCUUUUAGUUUUUUCUUUUUCAUUUUUGGUUCUGCAGAAUUCCAAACUACACACAGAUUCAUCGGGUGUUUGGUGAAUAGUUUUAAUUUAUUUACUCUUAUCAUUAUUUUCUCUUUCUCUUUCUUUCUGUGUCCUCACUAUAUGGCUGAAGGAUAUUUAAACAGUUAAAGAAUUGGACAAAAGAGUUCAUCAGACUGACCAAUAGCUGCUGCUUUGAUAUAUUUUA